UCUUGAACAUUAUCACUUCGCCGGCAACAGUUGUUAUCUGACAGUCAAUAACACCACAUAGUGAAAUUAGCCAUGAGUUUCUUAGGCGCAUUACGCAAAACUAUUGUUUUUCUGGCAAUUUUCCUGGGAGCCUUCUUCGUGCUUCCUGGAUUACCUCCUAGCAUCACCUUUCCCUUUAAAGAAUAUGUUAUUAAACCCGCCAGAGAACUAAAGGGUACCCUUGAGCCAAACUAUCACCUAAACGGUGCCAGGCAAUUGUGGAAGAAUCAGGUCUUUGGACCGGAGUGCCUGUUAGCAUAUAAUGACGAGAUUAUCACUGGCAUUCACGGCGGAGAGGUCCUUCGGUUAAAUAAAGCAGAGACGAUUCAGCCUUUUACAAAGAUAGGAAAACCGUGUGAUUUUAUCUUUGAUGAUGCGUUGUGUGGCUAUCCCGUGGGCUUAGGCCUUGACACACAAGGCAACAAUCUGAUCAUAGCCGAUUCUUACUAUGGGUUAUGGGAAGUUAGCCUAGAUACGAAGAAAAAGACAAUAUUGGUGUCUCCGGAUCAGAUUCUGCCUGGGAAGAAGGUAAACCGUCGGGCGAGGCUGUUUAAUGCGUUGGUAAUUAGUCGACAGGGAGACAUUUACUGGACUGAUUCUAUGUCCGACGACAUGGUCUUAGCUCCCUUUGCUAAUCCCUCUGGUCGACUUUUUAGAUUCAACCGCAAGAAGAAGACAAACGAGGUACUGCUAGACGAGUUGUGCUUUGCCAACGGCUUGGCUUUAAGCCCCAACGAGGACUUCUUAGUCGUGGCUGAAACGACGGCGAUGCGGCUGACCAAGUACCAUCUUAAAGGACCUCUUCAGGGUCAAAACGAAGUCUUUGUGGAGGGUUUGCCUGGCUGGCCGGAUAAUCUCAGUGGCGAUAAGGAGGGAAUUUGGGUGCCCUUGGGCGUGGCCUCGGAUAAUGAGAAUCCUAACUUGUUUGCCUCGUUGGCACCAUAUCCAAAACUUCGAUAUUUCCUUGCUCGCGUAGUGGGUCUGCUGCAGCUUCCCUUCCAAAUUUCAAACUACAUAUAUCCAAACAAUAUUUCGGCUCGCCUUUUCCACUCGUUUAAUAUGCUGGCGCUCAGCAAGUCGCCCAAUCGAAGCACUGUGGUAAGAGUGGACUGGAAUGGAAACAUUGUAAGAUCCCUGCAUGGUUUCGAUAGAUCUGCUGCAGGAUUAUCGCAUGCCUUGGAAAUGAAUGGUCGUUUGUAUUUAGGAUCGCCAUUCAAUCAUUAUAUUGCCGAGGUGAAGUUGCCUGACGCUGUGUCAAAGUCUGCUGAUGAAUCUGAAACAAACUAGUUGCUUAAUUAGUAUGUGCAUAAAGUUAGCAGAACAAUUUUUGAAUUAAAAAUUUGUUUCUUUCUCAUAAUUUGCCGUUAAUUAUCCGUAAAAUAUUCGUGAAAGAAUCAAAUUUGCCGCUCAAAUUUUAAAUUUUUUAUUUUUAAAAGACUUAUAUGUUCUGUUCAAGUUAUUUUACAACCAAAAUAUACAACUCAAGGAAAAAAUUGGAUAUUUUUGUCAUCGCCAAUCCUAAUUUA